AUGGCAGUAGUGGCGAAACCUAAUCAGAACCAGACCAAAACGGCGGUUGUUGAAGAAGAAGCUCCGCUCUACGGAGACGUCUUGGAGUCCGUCCUCUCCAAACUACACCUCAUCCAUCUCCUACCGGCCUAUCACGUCUCCAAGUCGUGGCACCGCGCCGUUUCCUCCACCCUCCGUUUCGCUAACCGAGUUAAACCCUGGCUCGUCGUCCACACUCAGACCACCAGAUUCCCUUACGUCGUCUCCUCACGUGCUUACGACCCUGCCUCGCACGUGUGGCUCGACGUCGACCACCGGAGUCUUCAUCAUUCUCCGGUCAAGUCCAUCUCCACCCUCCGCUCCUCUCACUCGACUCUUCUCUACAUGCUUUCCCCUUCCAAAUUCGCAUUCUCCCUCGACGCCCUCCACUUCGAGUGGAGCCACGCAAACACGCCUCCGCUAGUAUGGCGAACUGACCCUAUUGUCGCGGUGGUGGGCCACCGCGUCGUCGUUGCAGGCGGCGCGUGCGAUUACGAGGACGACCCGCUCGCUGUAGAAAUGUACGAUGUCAAGGCUGGCACGUGGGAUACGUGCGACUCUAUGCCCGCCAUUUUCAAAGACUCCGCGGCCUCCACUUGGCUAUCGGUGGCCGCGGAGGGUAGUAGAAUGUACGUGACGGAGAAGUGCUCGGCCGUCACGUACUCAUUCGAUCCGGAGUCCAAGACGUGGUUUGGACCGUACGUUCUCCGUCCGACUCCGACGGUGUUUAGCUCCUUGAUUGGAUUCGUUAACGGGCGUUUGGUUUUGGCGGGAGUUGUGGGAGAGGCGGAAGACGUGAAGGGGGUGAAGCUGUGGGAGGUGAAAAUGAGCGACGUCGACGAGUCGUUGGAGUUGGGAGAGAUGAUAUUGAUCGGUGACAUGCCGGAGAUGAUGGUGGAGAAGUUGAAGGGCGAGAGCUAUUAUGAGCCGUCGAUUUCAAUGAGCUGCAUGGGAGGUUUGGUGUGUUUUCACAACGCUUCCGACCCGAGCGAGUUGACCCUCUGCGAGGUUGAGAAGGGAGGGUGCAGGUGGAGUAGCGUAAGGAACGACGUCGUGAACGAUGGGACACGGUUGCAGAGGAUGGUGGUGACGUGGGCCGAUGUUGGUUUGCCGGAGUUGCAGAAAGCUGUACAAGUCGGAGCACUGAAAAUUGUAUGAGUCAGGCAGGCACUCAUCACGUAGUCCACUAAAUUAAAAGGUUGAUUAAAUUAUCUAGUGCUGUUUGCUGAUUUGUUUUAUCAAUUAUGGGAUUAAUAAUGAGUUUUGUG